AUGUUCAAUUUUCUUAAUCCAUAUAAUCUUCAUAAAUGCAUAUUUCUUAGAACAAUUAAUGCAUCGCAAAAACAGUGUGGUGAUUUUGCAAAACUACUGGAAUAUAACCCAAAUCUACGUCAACCAUAUCUAUGCAAAGCUAUGCAAGAUACAGCUGAUAAACUGUCAAUGGCUCCAUCAUAUACAAUCAGUACAGAUCGGAUGAUCGCAACUUGCAGAAAUACACAGUUAUCGGUUGAAUGCCGAAUGCAAGAAUUGUAUGCAAAAUUCGAAGUUUGUAAAAAUUCCGAACAUGAUACCGGUAACUGUCGACGAUUCUACAAAAUGUUUCGACGUGUAAAACUGCUAAACUGGGGUAAAAUAGAUGACUUUUUACGCUGCUAUAAUCCACCAGCACUUCUGUUCGAGAGCAAAAUCAGGAAACGCGAUACUGGAAAAUGCAGAAACGUUCAAAAUAUCUUUGCUGACAGUCGGCUUAAUCGAAAUGUCUUCUCAAAUAUCAUUGAUAGACAAGCUCAUAAAUGUCGACUUAUCAACUGCCCCGAACGGAUAGCAAGAGAAUUGGAAACACUGGCACUUUCAACUCAUGUCAUUGACUGGCAACGGAAACUGAACCCGUUAACAAAAGCCAAGUCGAUUUAUGCAGUGCUGAUGUCAUGCAGUUCCGAUCUUAACUGUGCAAAGGCCUUACAAUGUAUAAAACAUAGGAAACUAUGCCGCUGGGGUAAUGUCCACGAAUUUUUAAACUGUUUUGAAUAUGAGACAGCAACACUGCCCCACUAG